AUGCGAACGACUUGCGGGCAUGCCAACCGCGCCUCAGCGGGUCUGUGGUCCCUUGUCUCAUUGUUUUUGAAGGGCUUCGUCGGCCUCUGGUUCACUCAAAUUGUCCUUUCAGUAGCAUCAUCUGUGCCUCGCUGUCGAGCUUCCGUUCACCGAACCUGUGGCAAUGGUCUGUUGACAGGCUCCUAUCAUCAAGGCGCAAACGGCACCUGCAGACCGCGGGUGUUCACGCCGGCUUCAAUAGUGCCGACUUCCCGGAGACUGCUUAUGUUUCAGGCUCGUGGUCUCCACCAGAGAGACGGAGUCCACAAAGAACUGGAUGCAUCGCGUUCUUCCAGUCCCCUGAACUACGGGGGGGAUGUCCCUUCCGGUCAACAGACGAAAAAAGAUGACCGCCUCUCCUGGUGGACCUCUCCCAUCCACCGAAACUGGCAUGGACGGACGAUGCUAGCGGCUCAGGAGGGCAUCUCCGUUCGAUCACGGGAGCCUUCUUCGUCUGCCGUUGCACACGAUUCGGCGUCUCUGGCAGUUUGGCUGUGCGUUACUCCCUUCACGGGUCUUCGCGCCGGGUCCCAUCUCGGUUUUCUGGUUCCUGCUGUCGGACAAAGCCUGCCGGCCCGGCAACUUCGCAGUGGCUUCGGACGGCGUGUGCCGCUCCAGGCUCCACUCACUCUGCCUUCUUCCGAGGGCAUCGAUCUCUCGUCGGCAGCGCCUUUCUCGGCGCCGGCAUCGUGUCCGUUCUGUUCGAAGAUUCAGCCCUUCUCUCCUGUGACUCACGCUCGCUACAUCUCCUCUGCAUGCCAGCGACGUCCUUCUGCACCGUUUUCUUGUGCGCUUCAUGGCGUAUCCUCCGCAGUGCCAUCCCCGUUCCCAACGCCGCCGCCGGGGCCAACCGCACAGUGGCUGCGGCGCUAUCAGGGGCCUAUUUCGUAUCUCGGCCAAGGCAGCCAGGGAUUGGCGAGACGGAGGCAGGCAGGCAGGGGUCGGUCAGAACGUGGUUUGCAGCGAUUGGCCGCUGGAAGCGAAAAUCCCUCGAAAGAAAGCUUGCUUGGACUGGCAACACACUCGGAGACGAACCCUGCAGAAAACGAAGAAAUAUUGGGAAAUAGCGAAAAUCCAAAGGGCGGUGCUGUCGACGGCCAGCUGUCUGUGCAACCAACUGGGGUCCGCCGUUCGGACACAAUCGAACGAGAUAAAGUGCUACUUGGAGAGAAGCGUGCACGCCUUACGAUCACUCUGAGCAACAAUCAGGUCCACGCAUGUGUCGUCGACAAUCGACUGCAGCGUACCUACGCGUAUGCAAACAGCUUUGAUCCUUCGCUUCGGAUGGAAAUCGGCUCUGUGCAGCGAAAACGGGGUAAGCAGGAGAUAAAUGAGAAGGCAUCAAGUACGGUAUUGGAGAAAGGAGGUUUUCAAUCACUGUAA